AUGGCUCUGCUGCUGACUCCUCUGCUCGCCCUGGCCGCGCUCUGGUUGGCCCCGACGGUGCGCGCCCGGCCGCUGACGGACGCCGGCCCGCACGUCUAUUACGGCUGGGGGGACCCCAUCCGUACGCGGCACCUCUACACCGCCAACCGGCACGGGCCGGCCAGCUUCUUCCUGCGGAUCCACCGCGACGGCCGCGUGGAUGGCAGCCGGAGUCAGAGCUCGCUAAGUUUGUUGGAGAUCAAGGCGGUAGCUCGGCGGAUUGUGGCGAUCAAGGGCGUCCGCAGCUCUCGGUACCUGUGUAUGGGAGACGCCGGGAAGCUCCAGGGAUCGGUGAGGUUCUCCCCUGAAGACUGCACGUUCGAGGAGCAGAUCCGCCCCGACGGCUACAACGUGUACCUGUCCCCCAAGUAUGGCCUCCCGGUCUCCCUGUGCAGCGACAGGCAGAGGCAGCAGUUCCAGGGCAAGGACUUCCUGCCUCUGUCGCACUUCUUGCCCAUGAUCAGCUCCACGCCGCUGGAGGCCGAGGACUCCGGAGGGCCCGGAGAGGCCUUUGACUCAAACCUGUUUUCCCCGCCGCUAGAGACCGAUAGCAUGGACCCCUUUGGCUUUGCCUCCAAACUGUCGCCUAUAAAGAGCCCCAGCUUCCACAAGUAACCGCGGCCCCUGCCAGGAUUCAGACCCGGGGCCGGGGUCCUUCUCUCGGCCUCCUGCAGCCCACGGGGGGAGUCUCGAAGGAUGAAGACGUCCCUGGAGAGAGCGAUGGUUCCAUUUUGUAAAUACAUAAAACGUCUCCAGAUGGUACAUGUGUAAGAUAUUGAGCAUCAGCCAAACCCCUGCCCAACAGAUCUCUCACUUGGGCGGGGGCACCUUCCAUGGUCGACCCCCUUCCCCCUCCC